AUGUUUGCCCACUGUAACCUGGCAAUACUCACUGUUCUGCUGAUUCUUCAUGAUCAAGUCCGCGCAGGGGAAAUCAUCGGUGGCCAUGAGACCGUGCCACAUAGCAGACCGUACAUGGUGCUUUUACAGCAGAACAAGGCAAAUGGUCAUACAGCACACUGUGGUGGCUUCCUUCUGAAUGAGAAUUUUGUGUUGACUGCAGCCCACUGCCAAGCUGAGACAUACGAAAUAUUCCUGGGUCUUCACAAUUACCAUCAUAAGAAUGGUGUACAACACACACAUGUGGAGAAAGCCUUUCCUCAUAAUGACUAUGAUGCAAAUACUUUUGAAAACGACAUAAUGGUCCUUAAGUUAAAGUCCAAGGCAGAAUUUAACAAUAAAGUGAAGUCCAUUGCUCUCGCAGACCAUGGUGAUGGCUCUCUGCCACAAUCAUGUGUCGUCUCUGGCUGGGGAAGAACAAAAGAAGAAAGCCAUAUGUCUGUGAAACUCCUGGAAGCUAAUGUAACCCUGACUGAUGAUGAGAGGUGUGCUAAGGAAAAGUUUUACUGCUCUAAGGGCGAGACUGGACCAGGAGUAGGAGACUCUGGUGGUCCAUUAGUCUGUGGAGAUGGAAAGGCAUAUGGGGUGGUGUCCACCAGCAGUAGCCCAAAGCCCAGUGCUUCAUCAAUCCAUAGGUAUACUAAGAUACCCACCUACAAAGAAUGGAUCGAUUCCAUAAUCAGUGGUAAUGGGAAAUACUAA